GUCACCAAAAGCAAGUGGCACCGGAUAGGUUCUGAAAUGUGACAAUUGGCCAUUGACUGCUAUCUCACUCAAGCUGCAAGCUUGCUGACUGCGCAUCUCAGACCCGAAACUUGUGAGGAUAUUGCAGUACUUGUGUCAUGCGGCGGAAUUAAUCGCUUAUCGGUCACUUAUCUCUUCCAUGUUGGUCGCUAUCCGUCGCCACUGCGAUCUUGUGAAAGCGACCUUCCAUUUGAAGUCCAAGCCCUUCAAGAUCACUAGAGCCAACUUCCUCCUCCUUACGAUGGGUGCAACCUCAAAUGCAACUGCUCGCUUGCAGACUGUCAGAACCUCACGGGGUGGGGCUCGAAAGCAGCGUGCAAAGGCAACAACAAGCACAUCCGCGGUCUCGAAAAGGAAGCGAUCUGCUGAUGAGGAGGAAACAAUAACAACGACGACGACGACGACCACUACCACCACCAAAAGGUUGCGAAAGGCUGUUUCUGACACCACCAAUUCAACCAAACUCAGGGAUGUUGGUCGUACCGAGCAGUCCUCCACUCGGCCGGGAAAAAAGCCCAGGGCGCAAGCGCCCAGUGAAGAGCGUCGAGAGCGUAGAUUCAGGCCCCAUGCCCCGGUAUCCUUCAAAGAGAGGGCUGCACGUGCAAUGAGUCAACGCAUGUUUAUUGUUGGGCAUACCGUCAAUCUCGUAGACGGAUUUCUGAAUAUGAGCUUCGACAUUGUCGGGACCACUGGCAACAUCUACAAAACCACUAUUGGGAAGGUGCCAACCUGCGACUGUCCAGAUGCACGCAAGGGUAAUCAAUGCAAGCAUAUCUGUUAUGUGUUGAUCAACGCCCUCAAAGCGCCGGCGGAUCUUCAGUACCAGCUGGCAUUUCUAUCAUCGGAACUGCGGGCGAUAUACAACGGUUCCCCGCUCAGCAAAGAGCAAUCCACAGAGGACAACGCUGGCAACAGAAAACCGAUCGAGGGAGACUGUCCAAUAUGCUUCAUGGAAUUCGAGCCCCAAAGAGAGGACAUUGUGUGGUGUCGAGCUGCAUGCGGGAACAACAUUCACAAGGCUUGCUUUCAGCAAUGGGCUGCCACCCAGCAGGCACAGGGUGUCAGAUGUGUCUAUUGUCGUUCACCCUGGCAGCCGGAUACCGAAAAUGUGAAUGUGGAGGACCUCUCCCGCCAAGGCAAAUUCAGUCGGGAUGGAUAUGUCAAUGUGGCACAGCACUUUGGUCUCUCAGGCCGUCGCGACGUUUCGAGCUACCAUCCUUUCUGGGUGCGCCGACAGCAGCACCAGCACGAGGACGACUGGGAUUACGAUGACUAUUGAUGAGGUCAUGGCAAGAGCUGAGUCUAUUGUACGCUGGCUUCAAGGCGUGUUCUUCACUUCUUCUGCCGUCUGGCACGGUCAUAAUUCUGCAAUAAACAAUUUGCUUUCGGUUAGCGGGGAGGAUUUUGGGAGUCAGCUGUUGCAUGCUAGUCUCAGGCUAUCUGGCUGGAAUGGGCUGAAUCCCAACUCUCAUCCGGUCAUUUCCAUGGCCAUUGUUAUCAUUAUGCUUAAUGAAUAUGAGGUAUUCUUCAU